GCACACGUGUACGCGCUCACUCACGCACAUAUAGUUUUUCCAAGUGGGUUUCUGCUCUCUGAUCUCACUCUGCUCCUCGCUUCGCUUUCUGCCGGGUGUCUCCGUCUGCUCUCCGAGCUUCAUCUGACAGCUGCAGCUCAGCGAUCUGCUUCUUCCUGUCGUUGGAAAAAAACCACCUUAAAAGACUGUCAAAAUGGCCAACAAAGGAACUGUAAAACCCAGCCAACAUUUCAAUGCCAAUGCAGACGCAGAGGUCCUCUACAAGGCCAUGAAAGGCCUGGGGACCGACGAGGAUGCCAUCUUGCAGCUGCUGACGGCUCGCAGCAACGCCCAGAGGCAGGAGAUCAAAGCCAGCUACAAAACUCUGUAUGGAAAGGAUCUGAUAAAUGACCUGAAAGGAGAGCUGACUGGUAAAUUUGAGACGCUGAUCGUAGCUCUGAUGACUCCACCCAUUGCUUAUGAUGUGACAUUACUUCACAGUGCAAUCAAGGGGGCAGGAACAAAUGAGAAAGUGCUGGUGGAGAUCCUCGCCUCCAGAAAGCCUCAGCAGGUGAAGGACAUCAUCGCCGCAUACAAAAAGGAGUAUGAUGCUGACCUGGAGAAGGAUGUAACCGGUGACACCUCAGGUCACUUCCAGAGACUUCUGGUUAUUUUGCUUCAGGCAAACAGGCAGACAGGAAUCCAGGCGGAAACCAUUGAGAGUGAUGCUCAGGCCCUCUUCAAGGCAGGAGAGGAGAAAUUUGGCACUGAUGAACAAGCCUUUGUUACCAUCUUGGGCAACCGGAGUGCAGAGCACCUUAGGAAAGUAUUCGAUGCUUACAUGAAGCUCUCUGGAUACGAGAUGGAGGAGAGUAUCAAGAGAGAAACUUCUGGACCCCUCAAGGACCUCCUUCUUGCCGUUGUGAAGUGUGCCAGGAGCGUUCCUGCCUACUUUGCUGAGACGCUGUACCACGCCAUGAAGGGUGCAGGCACUGACGAUGACACUCUGAUCAGAGUGAUGGUGACUCGCAGCGAGGUGGACAUGUUGGACAUCAGAUCUGAGUUCAGGAAGCUGUUUGCCUGCUCUCUGCACUCAAUGAUCAAGGGAGACACCGGCGGUGACUACCGUAAGGCCUUACUUGUGCUCUGUGGUGGCGAUGAUGCGUAAUCAUGGCAAUAAUCACUAACAGGAAACAAACAUGAAGUGCCUUCUGGGGCCAUCGGCUCAGUGAAACAGCAAGCUAAAAACAACAAACAAGUCUUGGUUCAUUACAGCAAAGCUUGUAUUGGAGAGAUGACCCAUAAGGUCUUUACACUAUGAUUCCAAACCGUGUCUUUGAAAGGUAGCUAACAUUUUGUUAACAUUGAUACAGCUUUUUGUCCACUAAUCUCUUCAUUAUAUAACAAAAGACGUAUGCAGAAGAAUCAGAAUUCAAUUGUCAUGUUUGCACUUUGUAUGGCAGAACCAGUACAUGCAAUAAUAAAUGGUUCAUUUGAUGAAGUU